AUGCCAAAACGAUACCUCAAUGUUGAAUACGACACUAUUUCUACUGAAAUCGAUGUGACUGACUUUGAAGACCCGAGUGACGUUCAGGAUGCUAUCAAGGCAGAGUAUGGUCCUGUUAUGGCUGACAUCGAUGCUCCUCAACUCCAGCUAUACACCAACAGUAACAAGGACCAACUAAUCAGCAAAUGGGCUUUACUCGACUCCCUUCCUCAAGAAUACUUUACUCAAGAUGGUUUUUGUGUUGUUAUUGGUUGUUUACCUCUACCUACCAGGAAACCAAGCAAAAGUGCCAUUUUUGAUGCAGGUUCUACUUCUUUAUCAACAGCAAACCAUCAAGACUUUUCUCCUAAACGACAACGUACCGAACCCAAUGUUUUGACAACCCAAUUCAAGUCGUUUGCAAACGCCCAGCUGAUCGAUGAAUGCAUACAGUCGACAGAUCAUGUCCUUUUCCCAUACACCCAAGACAAAAUACAAAAACUAUAUGUUAGAGAGUGCUAUCAUGAUGUGUUUGGCUUGCUUUUGGAUCAAAUUGAUUGUGGCAUGGAAUCAUUUGCAAUAUCUGGAACAUCAGGCAUCGGAAAGUCACUGUUUUUUGUCUACAUAUUGCAUCGCUUGAUGGAUGACUUUACCACGAAAAGUCUGUCCUUGAAGCCAAACCGGAUUGUUCAUCAAGUGGGAUCCUCGUACAAAUGCUUUGACUUGCAGCAACAACUCGUCACAGAACUUGGACUUGAAGUGGCCAAUAUUGUUUGGAAACAAGACACAUUGUAUAUUGUUGAUGGACACAUGACUGCAAUGUCAUCAUGUUGCAUUGUAUUGUUCAUGUCAUCUCCUCAGUCUGAAGGAUACAAGGAGUUCGUCAAACAAAAGAUGGCAAGGGAAUGGUAUUUUCCUGUUUGGACUUUGAAUGAGUUACAGACUUGUCGACGUCAUUGCUAUCCGGAUGUACCCAUUGGGACUAUCAAUGAGAGAUAUCGCAUGUAUGGUGGUGUAGCUCGUUCUGUUUUUGAUAUUGUAUCAAAUCCAAUGGAGAAAGCUUUGGCUGAUGUUGAUGCAGUCAAAGGAGUACGAAACAUUGGAAUCACAAUCAAAAUAUCUGCAAAUACUCAUACAUUGCUUCAUACCAUUGUGUCGGACGACGGACAGUACAGAUUCCUGCAUGUUGAUAUUGCUUCAAGAUAUAUUGGAGAACAGCUUUGGAAACGUCAUUCUGCUCAAAUGAUUACCAAUCUGCAGCAAAUGUUUGGUAGUAUUCCAACCAAAAUUUCAAGACAUUUGUUUGAAAUAUACGGACAUGUGGUUUUUUGUACUGGUGGACAAACUCUCAAAUGCAGAUGCCUGGAAGAUGGUACAGUGACAGAUAUUACUUUGGAUGCACUCAAUGGCCAACGAAUUACAUUUGGAAUAAAUACUAUCCCUACUGCUGCAGCACUUGAUGGCAACUAUUACGAACCGACAGAUGACGAUAAUUUUGCAGCAAUUGAUUCACUCAGUCGACAGGGAAUGUUCCAAUUUACAGCUGUUGCUGAACAUCCUAUUUGUGGAGUUGAUAUUCUUACAAAACUGUGCAGUUUGUAUGAUGAACCCAAACUUUAUUUUGUGGUUCCGCCUCAUCGGUUUAAAGGCAUCAAGUAUGAGUUUGGCAGACAACUUGCAACUUUAAUCAACUUGUAUACGGAUAUCACACCUGACAACUUUGAAUCAAAUUUAGCAGUGAUUAUAGGUGAAAACACCAAUCUAGCACAACAACAAUUCCAGGCAAUUCCAGACAAUCCGAUUCUGAUUAGUUCUAAAACCAGAAUUCACAUUGCAACCACAACCCAAAUGCGUUCAAUAUCAAUCACAAUCAUCAUGUACGAAUGUAUCAAAAGUAGCACUCGAGUGCUUGCAGUACUGACUUUGGUUCAAACAGUAAUUCACAAUGACACACUGAUUAUCAUUUCAGCAAAAAAUGAUACAGAAAUGAUCAUUCCCAAAACAAGGAAUCUGAAUGACUGA